ACUAAAAAAGAAGCAGGAACUCCUUACAUUAAUGAUAAUCUGGGGUGGGAUUUUCUUAUAUUAUUUAUUUUUUAGUUCAGUGGCUUCACAGUCAUUCUGCUUUUGUGAUUUUUUAGUAUUGCUACUGCUAGCUAGUGAUCUUUGUUGUUCACUAACAUUAGUGAGUACUACUAGAUGAAUAUAUGUUCAGUAUCUUGCACUACCUAACAUAAUAAACAAGAUUAAAUAGCCUAACGCACUAAAUUGCGCAUAUCCACUUCCCCUUCAUCGCUAACACAGGCAAGCCUACUGAAUCAAGAAGGAUUCAUGGACACAGAGCUAGGAAACAUGAAUGAACCAGACCAGCAUCAGAACAAGAAGCAUAUGAAGGCAUUUCUGGUAUUUUUAAACUGCAUGUUAAUGGCAGUUGGUCAAGUCGCAGGUCCAUUACUUGUGAGGAUUUACUAUUUGCAUGGAGGAAAGAGUAAUUGGCUCGGUGCCUGGCUACUUACAGCUGGUUUCCCAAUCUUGAUCAUCCCAAUAGCCAUAUCUUACAUAAGAGCUAGAGCUAGAGCACAGGCCGGUAGAUUAUUGGUCACACCUUGGCUUUUUUCUGCUAGUGUCAUCUUGGGACUCCUUCUUGGCCUUGAUAGCUAUCUUUACUCCUUUGGCAUGUCAUAUCUCCCUGUUUCUGUUUCUUCCAUUCUUGGUUCUAGUCAAUUGGCCUUCACUGCAAUUUUUGCAUAUAUAAUUGUCAAGCAUAAGUUCACGCAUUACUCGAUAAAUGCGGUGGCUUUGAUGACUUUCGGGUCUGUUAUUCUUGGUUUUCAUAUGAAUGGAGACAGACCGAGUGGCGAGUCUAAAGGAAAAUAUAUUCUGGGUUUCUUCAUGACUAUUGGUGGUGCAGCUCUUCAUGGGUUUCUAAUGCCUGCUUUGGAGUUUACUUACUUGAAGGCUGGCAAGGCCAUCACCUUUGACCUUGUCCUGCAAGUUCAGUUCCUUAUAUCAAUGUUUGCUACUCUAUUUUGCUCUAUCCCCAUGAUUAUCAACAAGGACUUUAAGGCUAUAUCCAAAGAGGCAGCAGAGUUUGGUCUUGGUAAAACAAAGUACUACACCAUACUAUUAAUAGCAGCCAUAGUAUUGCAGUUAUUAGUAAUAGGAAGUCUGGGGGUGAUAUUUAACUCCUCGUCACUUUUAGGGGGGCUUGUGUCAUCUCUUCUGGUUCCAGUCCAACAGGCAUUUGCUGUGAUGAUCUUGAAAGAGGUCUUUAAUGCAGAAAAGGGCAUGGCCUUGGCCAUGUGUCUAUGGGGUUUUGCUUCUUACUUGUAUGGAGAAUACCAGAAGCCAGAAGCCAACAAAGAAGAAUCGACCCAUUAGUUAAUCAGGAAAUACUACAUUUGUUUCUGUAUGCAUAAUUAUGAAUCAACUGCAUCCUUAUGAAGCUAUGCGCUUUUCUUUAUUCAGCUGUAUCUACUGUUGUGAAGAGUAUGAUCUCGCAUAUCUAAAAUAAAGACUGCUGACUUGAUUUCGUGAA